AUGCCAGAUUAUGAGAGAGAACUCGACAAGUAUGAGAAGAGCGUGGAGGAACAUGUCAAAAAAGUUAGUCAGCAAUUGGAUGAAGAGUUAGUUAAUAUUAACAGAAAAUAUAAAGACAAAAUUGAAUUGAUGAAAAAAAUGGAAUUGGACAAUAAGAGAAUAGGAGAAGAAAAUGAGAGAACACGACAGAAAAUGGAGAUAAAAAAGAAAGUGAGUUAA